CAUGUUUUGAUUCACCGCAACAUCAUUAAGCUCAAGAGUUCAACUUCCACUCAUACUGGGAUACUUGUGCGAGGAAUGUCACAUCUGAUUAUUUGAACGCGGCAUUUGUGCUACAGGCCCGAACCAAGCUCCACCCUUUCCACCUAGCGCGGCUUCAUUCUGUCUCGACGAGUUUUGUAAAAACCAUUGCUUGGAAGUGCAUAGAUCUCCGAAUCUUCCGCAACAUGAAUCCAAUACGCCACUCGCUCUUCACCGUACGCAGCCCCGGGGUUUGUUGGGCCUCUAUACGCCCCUUCAGCAGCAUCCAUCCUACACGAGCUUGUCAUAAAGAGCCUUCUUCAAAUGUUCCGCAGGAAGAAAAGACCUGCAAAAGCCAGACCACUAUUACAAACCCCUCAUCAACCUCCUCGUCAACACUCCGUCUCCCAUUCUGGACCUGCAAAUCCACUUGGCGAAGAGCAGGAAUCAACACUCUCCGCUGUCUCGUAGGUUGCACAACUGGUGAUUUCGCUGCAUUAUGGGUUCUUCAAACCUACUACCCAGAACUGGGCAUGAGCAGCAUCAUGGCCAUGUCGAUGGCGUCUGGUAUCACGACUUCCAUCAUUCUCGAGACAGUCCUGCUCCAUCGUGGGGCUGACCAGCUGCCUUGGGUAAGGGCUGCUCGUACUGCUAUGGGCAUGAGCAUGGUUUCGAUGUUGGCCAUGGAGAUUGCGGAAAAUGCUGUCGAUUAUCAUUUGACGGGUGGAUUGGUUGCUUUUGGUGAUCCAAAGUUCUGGUUGGCCGCCAUUGUCUCGAUGGGGGCUGGGUAUUUGGCGCCUUUGCCUUAUAACUAUUUGCGUUUGAGGAAGUAUGGGAAAGCGUGUCAUUAGUUGUGGUGUGGGCUGGGUAUGUGCACUGUAUGCUGUGUUGGACUAUUUUCAAAAG